CUUUUGGCUACUACUGUUCCCGUAGUAGUAGCUCGUUGGAACCAAAAACUAUGCAAUGGAGCCGGAGGCUGCAUUCAUGCCGGCUAUGGUACUAACGACCCUUUUCUCUGCCCCGACGGUAGUACUCUAAGCACCUAUGAGUUUGCGAAUGACCAGUAUAACGCCGGGUUGGGCAAUAAUGUUCCUGCCGGCAAAGAGGAAUUCCCCGAGACUUGCAUGGACGGCAAUGUCCCUCCUUCUGCAGGAGUUGAACUUAAAUCCCAAUCAAGAAACAACCAAACCAUGUACUUUUAUCUUAGGAACACUCGUGACAACACGAACCCAGAGAAGUUCAAUUGCUACUCCCGCGAUCCUAACCCAUCAAUCUACACCGUUUGCGCUAUGUACGAUCCAAGCGGUAAAAGGUGCAAGAUCAAC